GGUCCACGUUGGUAACUACAAUGUCUAUGUGAUACGGAAGGUUCAGUUUAAACUAGUGUGUGCAUACUUUAUAACACAGAAUUACUCGACAAACUACCAAGCACCUCACUCUUGGCUCCGGAUACGCAAGUUGCCUGUAAAAUGAUGGCAGACACCGCGGUCUCCGCUAGCCCAUGGACUACAGAGUCAAUCCUCCUGAAAGACUUCGAUUUAGCCGAUUUUGGAUGUCUCGAUGGAAAUGACCAUGAAACUGUGGCAUUAAACAACAGUUAUGAUCGUGUGUGGAAGCAGUCUUCUUUGCAUAGCCACCAGAAUCUAUCCACAGGGACAAGUGCAGCAAGCUCCGACUGUAGUGAUGAACACGAUCUAUAUCUAGACAUCGAUGCAGAUUUGAAUGAACAUCUUUUUGGAGACAUUUCCACUUCAUUAUUGAACAUCAUUCAGGACACAGAUGUCUCAGAAACAAUUGCUCUUGCUCAGGAUUUUGACUGGCAGAGUAUCUCCUGUGAUUCCUCUAAUACGGCUGCUACGUCAGAGAUUGAAGAUAAUCUAAACACCAGUUGCUCAGAAGGGGAUAUAACUCCAACUAAAAGUCAUAGUAAAGUUUCAUCAAACUCAAAAUGCCGUUCAGAGACAUUUACAGACAGCAUAAAGUGGACAUGUCUGAGUCCUGAGGAGCGAGUCCAAGUGGUGGAGGAUCUUAGUCAUAUUGUUAGUCGGGAAUUAGGACUACGAGAACAGAUGGAAGUGAUUCGGAUCAUCAACCCUUCAGCUAGUGUAUCUCCUACAGACACCGAGUUUGUCAUUGAGCUGGACUCCCUGAACGAUGAGAAGUUACAGAGGAUAAGAGAGUGUGUAUGUAGACAUGCAACAAAUCAGUGUAGCCCAGACAGCUCACAAGAAGAUAAAUUUACUCCUAGUAAAAAGUUUGACAAGAAACUUAAAACACGUGAAAGGAGAAGUCGACAGAAAGCCAUCAGACAGCGUCAGCGAAAAGAUUACAGACAAAUGCUGAAAGAGAAACGCAGUGGGUUAUUUGUGAAAGAGGAAGUGCUAUCACUUACAGUUGAAGAUCCUGGCAGUUUGCCUGUAGAUGAUGGAGAUGGCGAUAUAGACAUUCUGGGAUAACCCUAGUGUAAACUACCUAGCUGUAAUUAGACACACAUUGCAUGGUCAGACUUAUUAUUGGUGUCAUUUAUAAAUUAUUGAGACAAGCCAAUGUUGGGGUGACCAAUUAUCCUUCAUUAUUAUCAAUGAUACAACAUAUAUGUUAUGUCCUUAAAAUAUGUUACGAUGUCCUCAUUAGAUUUCAGAAAAUGAGAAAACCUUAUUAUUUUAACAUACGGGAGAAGAGUACUAGUGCUACCUUCUAUAUUUGUUAAAUUUACAAUUUAGUUAUAUUUUCUAUGCACGGAGAGCUAAUUUUGAAAAUGUAUCAUCUGUUUUAAUUUUUUAUACACCUGAGUGUUAAUAUUGUAGCACUUUAAUAAGUAAUAAUGCUGCUAUGAUGAUAGUGCUACCUCUGUUCUAGCAAGUGUUCAUUGAAGUCUGUAAUUUUUUUUUCCUAAUAUAGAUUUUAUUAUAAGAUAUACAUGGAAGCACCCAUCCAUUAUUUACUAUACACAGUACUGCCAUUGGUUAGACAUACUCCCUAUACAUCAAUUUGUACAACCCAAGCAAUAAUAAUAUAUAAACAUGACAAAAUUACCAAAAUUGGAUUUUCAAAAUGACUUUUAAUACAUAAUCUUGAACAUAAAAAAAUUUGCACAUCAGAAACAAUGCCUUUAUACAGUAUAGAAAAAGUUUAGAUAUUUUUGUACUUGAACUGGUGUAAGUGACAUGUAUGAUUAUAUUAUAUCUAACGGGACGCCAGAGAUGCAGAAAUGUUGUAGAUCACAUUAGCUUUUUUUCAACAUUGUGGUUUUAAUUAAAUAUUUAGUGCGUGUAUAUGAAGAUAACGUUAACAUACUGAUUGUUUGCACGGCAAAAAUGCUCCCUUUUGUGAACAUUUUGAUAUAGAAUUCGUCAACUCUAUUGGUUGACAUACAACACCAGUAAUCAAAAUGAUCCCAAUUAAUUUGAUAACUUACAAGAUAAAAACGUUAAGCACUACAAAAUUAGUGUUGGUAAUUUUUUUUUCAGUUUUUCUAGAAUGUAAGAAACAUUUCUGUUGAAUGAUCGAAUGCCCAAAUUGUUAAAAUUGUAGUGCUCUUUUUUAUACUAUUGAACCGUAUUGUAGAAAUGGGAAAUAAUUUUGUUUAUAUAUUUGUUAUUUGUCAUGUGUAAGCUUACAACCCUUCAAUUUGUGAAGCUUACUAAGGUUAAAACUGAGUAGUUAAAUGACCUGUAUGAUCAAUGAUGGUUUGAUAGUUUUUUUUCUACAUUUUGAAUGCAGUGUGUUAUUUCCUACAUCCUCUCCUUACAUUUCUGGUGUUUACACCUCCUUGACUUAAAUAUGUGUAAACUGGGAUAUACAGUAGUAUACUUGUUACAUACCUUAGGAACCUGUAGUUGUGUGCUUAAAAUGUAUUUUUAGAUAUCAAAAACAAUGCCUCUUUUCUGAUCUCUGUGUGUGUACAUUGUCCGAAAAAAUGGCAAUACAGAACUGCACUGUUUACAGUGAAUGCUUGUGUCUGUUGCCGUUAACUGUAAAAUUAUAAUUUGUAUGAGGAUGUUUAUUUCUGUUAAAUUGAUACUUGUUCUUAAUCCAUGAUUUUUUUUUUGUCCACAAAUGAAUAAAUGUGAAUAAAAAUGGACAUGGAUUGCAAUACUAUCAGAUUUGGUGAACAGGAUAUGUGUGAAAUUAAGUACCAAUGAGAACAAUGGCGUCAAGAUACAGAUCAUUAUGAUAAUAUCAUGUUGUGCUUGGGAUAAAUUUUUCAUUCCUUAAAUUUAAUGAAAACUCAUGUUUUCUAGACAAGGUCUGUCUUGGUUUUUUUUCUUUUUUUUUGUAAAUGUACAUGUAGCAAUGCUCAGAAAUGUGUGUCAGUCUGCAUUACAAAAUUGGAAUGGAUUUCCACCCUUAUUAUACUAUGUUGAUACUUGUGUUUUGCAUUCGUUAUAUGCCCUAUAUUGUAUCUCCUAUUACUAUUUUAUCUAUCAAAAUUGCCUGAUGUCAACCUUUUAUGAAUUUUGAUAAUAAGUCUUACCAUGCCAACAAAUCAGUAUUUGUUUGUUCAGUGUGUCCUGGUAGUGUUCAUCACCUCAGUCUGAAAUAUCACUAUCAUUUCUAUCAUAGAUAUCAUAAAACUUCUUUAAGCCUUCAAAUUAUAUUUUUCAUACUGCAGUUCAGCUAUAUUCAAAUAUUUUAAACGUCAGUUUUUAACAUGUUAUAGCAAAUUUGAAAUUUGCGCAAAAAUGAAUAUGCUCUUCCAAAAUUAUUGCUUUCUUAACAGAAAAUAAGAUGAAUAUUAAUAAGUUCACAACCUCUUCAUGUUUUUCCCUUUGGCUGGACCUGAGGUUGAAGAUGUUACCAAAUGCAGUUCAUAAAUAUUACUGGAAAGCAUGACACUGUAAGGACUGGGCACAGUGCCAAGUAGCCUGACCUCCUGACCUUGUCUCUUUGAGAUGUGCAAUAGAUCAUGAUUUUUUUCAGACUUGAUGGCGUAGUCCAUGACACACUGGACAUGAAUAAACAAAUAAAUCUUUGAUUGAAA